AUGUUCGCGCCCGGCCACAGCCAUGAUUCCUCCCGACAGACCAGUCCCGCCUCCAGAGACCAUAACCCCCGGAAGCGCGGGAGGACAGCAUGCACUCGUUGCAAGACUCGAAAGCAGAGAUGCGACAACGAGUAUCCGACUUGUUCCAACUGCCUGAAGGCUGGAGUCACGUGCGACAAGUCAAGUGUGCGCGAGGAUGGUGACCGUCAGAAUGACUACACGCGCGCUCUGGAAGAACGAGUCGCGUUCCUAGAGAAGAAGCUCGGACAAGCCGAGCCAUCCGCGAGCCACAACACAGGGGCCAACGUCGCACAGUCGAUCUGGUCUCCUCAAGGGGGCCAAACAACCCCACAGACUGCAGCAUCCGGCUUAGACAACAAUCCAGUCGGAGAGAUCGUGGGUCUAUUGGCUCUUAGCUCAUCUGAAGCUCCUGCCUAUGUCGGCUCGAGCUCGGGUCUAGCGCUGGCAGCAAAUCUCGGGGAUAUGGUACAGACCAGCGUGUGGAACCAGUUUAUAUCGAGAAUGCAACCACAACUAAACACAGCAAGCACGGGCUGCCAAAGUACUCCGGGAUCUGUGCCGGGUUCGUCUCAACAGUCUGGAGGUGGGUGCAGGAAUCGCUCUAACGUGGACCCUCCGACGGAUGAGAUGGGAUCCAAGAUGCUCGAGACUUAUUUCAGACGACUCCAUUCACGGUACCCGUUUUUGAAUCGGGGCCAGAUAUGGAAGAUGCAUGAGGACCGGUGGCGAUUGGCUAAGACGAAGCGUGAAGACCUUACCCGGUCUGAUCGAUUUGCUAUCUUCAAGUUGAAUAUUGUUUAUGCGAUCGGUGCCACGAUGCUCCAGCUGAGUGAGAAGUAUGCUUAUACUGCUCCAGAGCAAUUCUACACGACAGCCUUACAGUACGUUCCCACCAUGUGCGAAGCCCGCUCUAUUGAGAAUAUAGAAGCCAUGGUCCUUCUCGUCGUAUAUCAUCUGCGCACUGCAUCAAGUCAUGGAAUGUGGUACAUGAUCGGACUCGCGAUGCGUACAGCGAUUGAUCUCGGUCUUCACCGCAAGGCAAAUGAGAUCAACAUGGACCCGUUUACUGCUCAAAUGCGGCGUCGUCUGUUCUGGGUUGUCUACUACCUGGAACGAGUUGUUUCCAUGUCUCUUGGUCGUCCAUUCAGUAUAUCUGACCGACACAUUGACCUUGACUUACCGUUAGAUGUGGAUGAUGAUGUGCGCGACCCUGCACUCCUAACAGCCCCCCAUGACCCAACGAGGACGACAAAUUUGACAUUUGCGAUUUACCUCUUUAAACUACGCCGAAUCGACUCGCGGAUUCAGCAUAAGAUCUACCGUGCCGACCGACCCCUGUCCUCGUUGAGGCUGAAAAUGGAUCCCUUAUAUCUGGAACUGGAACAGUGGAAAGAAUCGGCCCUUCAAAGGUUCAGUGGCUCGGAUUUAGACUAUCCAAUGCUGCAUUAUAACAGAGCCGUGCGGCUCCUAAUCCAGCCAUUCCUCCCUCUUCUCCCUAUCACCGACCCCUACUAUCACAUUUGUCUCAAAGCCGCUGGCGAGAUUUGCCAGUCACAUAAACGUCUCCACCAAACUCUCGAAUAUGGACAUUCUUUCCUAGCCGUGCAAACCGUCUUCAUGGCCGGAAUCACCCUGCUCUACGCUCUUUGGACACACACAGAUCAAGUUUGGUCCGUUCGCAUAAGCAACGACAUCCGCGCGUGUUCGACUGUGCUUUUCGUCAUGGGCGAGAGAGCAGCGUGGGUGAAAAAGUAUCGAGACGCAUUCGAGCUACUCGUAAAUGCAGCCAUGGAGAAGCUGCAGGGAAAUAAGACGGCUCGCAAUGCAGGCAUGGCCGAGCUUAUGACUGCUCAACAUAGCACUGCAUCUUUGAAUACCGUUGUGCCCGGCAUGUCCAGCGGUGAAAAGUUCCCCUCGACGAAUCCGACGGGCCUGGCACCUGAGGCUGCCGCCGCGACAGCAGCUACAAAUCAGAUGUACCCAGCAGAUGAUAGUGAUCAUGCAGUUAGAAUGGCCUUGCAGCUUGCGCCUUGGAUUGAUCAAGAUCAAAAUGAUCCUUUGUGGAUGCCUGAUUUUGAAACCCUCGAAACCUUGUCAGGGACAUUCUGGAGCGGAGCCGACACGACUCUUUUCGAUGCGUUAUGA